AAGAUGCACAUCUUCUAGGGAGGAGCCCAGGAGCUGGCUGGCGGUCUCCGGGCCUCAAGCCCGAAAGGAAGAGAUACCAGGGAAGUUCCGGCACCAUCUGGGGGACAAGAAUCUGCCAUGGAAGAGCCUGCAGCUCCCACAGAGCCCCACGAGGCAGCUGGGGCCUCUGGGGGUGCCGAGGCAGCGGGGGAGGGCGUCCCCCGGCCCAGCGUCCCGGUGCGCCCAGCCUCCCGGUGGUCUUCGGCUCCAGGCCCGGCCCCCUUCCGCCCGUCACGUCUGAGGCCCGCCCAGGCCUCAUGGGGAGGGGCUAGGCCCAGAUGGCUGCAAGGCCGGAGCAGCGGCAGCUGGACAAAGCAAGUCGUCUGCAGGUAUUAUCUGCAUGGGCUGUGCAAGGAGGGGGAGAACUGCCGAUACUCCCACGACCUCUCGGGCCGGCAGGUGGCCAGCGAAGGCCACGGUUUGUUGCCCCAGGCCUCUGCAGACAGUGGCCCCAGCACGGCUGCGCAAAUGGAGCCCCUGCCUCAGGAAGUGGCGGAAGCCCCCCCUGCUGCGUCCUCACGCUCCUUGCCUCUGAUUGGCUCGGCUGCUGAAAGGGGUUUCUUUGAAGCUAAGACAGACAAUGCAGGCCUUGAAGCUGCCGGAGGAGCAGGUGCAGAAGGCUGGGAGGGUGCCUUUGAGUUUGUUCCGGGGCAACCCUACCGGGGCCGCCUGGCCCCUUCUGUCUCCGAGGCUCCUCUGCAGAGCUCGGUGACUGAGAGGGAGCAGAUUGCCUUGGGCAUGGGGAAGCAGCUUUGCCGCGAUGCUAUCGUGGGGCAGUGCUUUCGUGGGCAGAGUUGUAUCUAUCUCCACGGAGAUAUAUGUGAUAUGUGUGGGCUGCAGGUCUUGCACCCUGUGGACGGUGCCCAGAGGGCAGACCAUGUAAAGGCCUGCAUUGAAGCACACGAGAAGAAUAUGGAGCUCUCGUUUGCUGUGCAGCGCAGUGCGGACAAAGUGUGUGGCAUCUGCAUGGAGGUUGUCUAUGAGAAAGCCAACCUGAAUGAUUGCCGCUUUGGCAUUCUCUCCAGCUGCAACCACACCUACUGUCUUAAGUGUAUCCGCAGGUGGAGGAGUGCCAGACAGUUUGGGAGCAGGGUCGUCAAGUCCUGCCCGCAGUGCAGGGUCAUCUCCACCUUUGUCAUUCCCAGUGAAUUCUGGGUGGAGGAGGAGGAAGAGAAGCAGAAACUUAUUCAGCAGUACUUGGAGGCAAUGAGCCACAAGACCUGCAGGUAUUUUGCUCGAGGCAGGGUCUGCCCAUUUGGAGAGAACUGUUUUUACAGACAUGCGUUCCCUGAGGGCCAGGGAGAGGAGCCUCAGAGGCAGGGUGCUGAGGCGUCCGGUACUUGCCGCGGUCAACGUUUCGAGCCUCUGCAGGUGGGAGAGGGCAGCAUGCCCUUUAAAAGCAGUAAAAAAGAGCUUGUCAUGCUUUGGCUGGCCAAUCUGUUGUGUAAGUGUUUUCUUUCACUGGGAGCUAGUGAGCUCCCCUUCACAGAGGCCCUAUGGGACUUGCGUCAUUGUGAGCUGGAAGAAUAUUUCAGUUUGAAUCUGUGGCAUUAUGCUGUGGCAUGUUGUCUGGUGUGCUGAAGCUCUGUCAUCUGCUCUUGCCUGUGUUUUGUUUAUAGACACAUCUGUCACUUACAGGGGCUGCUGAAACCAUUUGUAUAGAGCAUCCAUCACUGUUUUCUUGCCCAUUCCCAUUUCUUGCUCCCCAGGAUUAUGGUGUUUCACUGUGUUAAAAAGUAACAAAACGUCCUUAAAGUUACUGUUUGGAGAAAUUAAUAUGACUGUCAGUUUAUGGUUUACUUUGUCAUCUCUGUUUUCAACAGGAUUGACUCAGUUCUAGUCUAGUGUUUACAGAAUUUCCACACUCAUUUUGAAGCCCCUCAAGAAUAAAUGUCACAGGGUGAAAGGAGAAGUCUUAACUGAACAAGGAGCUUUUUGCUACUUCAGUCUUAAGAAAUGGACCCUCGUGGGGCUUUGUGGUGCAGCUUCAGCAUCUCUGUUGUUUACACGUCUGUUCCUUCCCCUGUUCCCCUUCAAGUGCACUCUUUAACUUGUGGUUACCUUGUGGUUUUGUGUUUUACUUGACCAGAACCAGGUGCAUAUGUUUACAUGUUUUUAUCCUGUUUAGCUUGAUGUGAAAUUAUUUAUAUUUGGAAGUAUAUAUUUAAGAAUUCUAUAUAUACAUACAUAUGCAUAUUAAUGUGUAUGAAAGUUAUGUAUUUGAAAAUAUAUUUAAAAGGUGUAUACCAUAAUAUAAUGUUUAUUUAAUAAAAUAAAUACAGAGCUGGAAGCUGAAGGUCAAAGGCUGAUAGGAUUUGGUGUUGUGUGAGUGUGAGGUACAUGAAUAAUCAUUCUGUCCCUUUCACAGCUUCAGUGAUUAGCAUCUAAUGAAAACAGCUAUUUGAGUGGCUCUAUCCAAAUGUGGUAGACAUUUACAAAAUACGACAUUGGUAAUUCCUGUGAUGGCAUUAAUAGCUCAUUGCUGUUAUUAGUACAGAAAUGUGAAUUCCCGUGCAGUUCAGCCACCAUCUCAUUGAUCUUUAUAACAGUACAGUCCUGGACUCAGAUACACAGUUCUUUGUGUUCAAUAUUUUGUGUCAUCUCUAGACAUUCCAAAGAAGGGGCUUUUGACAAAAGUUUUCAACAUAAAAGUGACAAGAUUUUAAAAGAUAAAGAACAAUAAACCUUUUGAAAUCAGUCAGAAUGCAAGAAUAGAAAGAUAAUAAAUGAAAUAUAGAAAGUGACAAAAGCUAAAUGCAAUAGUGAUUUGGAAAGUUUAAAACACAAAUACACCGUAAUUAUAUUAAAUGGAAUUGGUUUAAAAACUAAAACUCAAAGAUUAGUAGACUUGAUUAAAAUUAAAAUGAAACUAUAUGCUGUUUAAAAUACACACCUACAAUAGAAGAAUACAGAAACAUUAUAAGUAAAGGAUGAAAAAUUAAUCAGAGGUGCUGUGACUUUUGAGCACAGAUGGAGUUCACAUUAAGGAUAAAUACAUGGCUGGAGAUAAAUAAAGACGAUAUAUAAACAUGAAGUUAUAAUUUACCAGGAAGAUAAAACUAUUCCAAUUUUAAGUUUGGUACCAUAAGAUUAGAUAUACAAAUAAAUAAUUGAUAAGAAAACUACAGAAUCUUGGUAGACAAUUUGAAUACCUCUUCUCAGUAACUGAACAAGCAAAGAAAGAAAAAAUGUGAGUUGAAUAGCACAAUUUUAAUAGUUUACCUAAUUGACCUGUAUAAAAUGCUGUAUAUCUACUGCAGAAAGCUCUCCUCCUGGCUAAGAUAGCUGAAAGUAUCCUAGGGGCAUAAGUCACAGGAGAUACAGACUUCCCUGACUGUGCAACAAAGACAGGGUGCAUUUACAGCAUUUAUACUCUUCAAAACACUGAUUUAAUUCUCAAGACCACCUUAUGAGGUACUUGCUAUAAUUUUUAGCACCGUCAUGAUGAGAUAAAUAAGAUAGAGGGGUUAAAUGACUUGCCCAUAUAGCCCUGACCCGUAGGCAUGAACUAGUGGAACAGCGAAUGGACCUCAGGUAGUAUAUUUCCAGAGCAUAGGCAGCAUGCUGCCCCUUGCCCCACGUGUAUAACUGAGAGCAGGUGGACCCACUGAAUAUAGGUACUGGAAACACAUGUGCAAUAUUUACAUAUGGAGGUUCAGCUGGGUGGGACAGAGAUGGGCAUAAAUAAGCUACAGAAUGUGGGAGCCCUGGCACUUUAUCUGUGGGCUGCCAGACUCAGUAUUUCUUAGUCCACUGCUCAGAAUGUGCCUCAGCUGCCCAUAUUGGUACACUGCCUCUCCCUUCUUACAUGAUUCCUGAUUCUGUGGGUAAGUAUCAGCCUGUUUCACUGGGGUCCUUCCCCUCUAGAUUCUUGAUAUCCAAAUAAUUCAUCAGUCAAGAGGCCCCGGAUGCCUGGCUGUUGCUGGCAUGUAGGGUGAGUGAAUCCAAAUGAAAUCCAAACAUAUUUCUACCCCCAGGCUUCCCUAGUCAUGCAGGGGAAAGGGGGCUUAGAUAACCAAACAACCAAAGAAUAGGACCAGGUGGGGCACUCUCAAAGACCACACUGACACCAGAGGCUCAAAACAUGAGCACUGAGUGGUGGCGAUGCUGUCAAGGACGGCAUUUUAAACCAAGCACAGAAAGCUUUGAAAAGUUUGUCCUAAUAUGCACUACCUAAUGUUGUGAAAUAUCACAUUUCUAUUCAAAUAGUAUCUUGAACCAAACAAUCAAGAUCGGGAGAUAGUGUGUGACAGGGUGUAUAGAAGAUAAAAUGGUUUGGGAGACAGACAAAGGAUGACUAGAAUCCCAACUCUGCUUCUUACCAGCCCUGCAGUCAGGAGCAAGUUAUUUAAGUUUCCUAUACCUCAGUUUCUUUAUAUGAGAAAUGGGUAUAACACCACCUAUUUUGCAGGGUUGUUGUGAGGAUCAAAUAUAACCUGGACAAAGCUUGAAACAUAGGUGGUAUUUUUAAAACAGCAUGUAUAAAAGUGGUAUUUAUGUGUGUUUGUAAAACUGAGAAAAGCUUGCAUAAGAAUUAAAACUCCACCAAGUUUUUCUCUUUGGGAAACUUUGGAACUUGUGUUAAGGUAACAUUAUUAUUUUAUGAUUAUUUUCUUAGGAAGUAGGAACAUUACCUUUAUGUUCAUAAUUUCAAAAAGACCAAGCAAUUUUUUUUUGGCAAAAGUCAGUUAAAACUAAAAAUGUGCUAUUCAAUUCCUGAAAAUAUAACAAACAAGAAAAAAACAUCAUAUUAUUUGUGACAGAUGCCUACAUGAGGAAAAUAAGUAAGAUGAUAUUUUUAAAAAAUGGGA